AUGGCGCCCCCUGCUGUGGACUUAUACUGCCAUCAGUUUCUACCCAACACCUUUGACCCGACCCGGUGCAGCUCCUGCCUUAGGCCUGAUCACAUGCACGUCAGCAGCAACACGACCGCCACCGCCGCCGCUGCUGCUCCUCAGCAGGACGGGUCGCAAGAGUGGGAGGCAGAUGAUGAUGAUGACGAUGAUGAUGAUAAUCGUGCCCUUUCUGAGGUGACCACAAGUGCCAGUAGUGAUGACGUCAGUGGUGGUUGGAGCUACGAAUGGAGCCUGGUCCAGAGUCUGAGUCCUGAGUGGGAACUUAAUAUCUGUGACACUGACAUACAAUCCAGCUCUCCAAAUCAUUGGGACUGUCCAGAGAGGAGCAGAUCCCCCAGCCCGGAGAGGCUCUGUGUGGCCCAAAGAGAUAUGACCCGGUUGGAUCCAUCUCCCCACCGUGGCACUGAAAGCUCCUUGAUGGACGAGAGGAGGGACAGAUCCCGCCGGACAUCAGAGUCCAGAGGACCCAGGGAACAGGAGAGUGGUUACUUCUCUCCAAAAAGAAGAGGUGAUGGUGAGCAGCAGACGGAGGAAGACAACAAACCGCGGUAUCGUUACUAUGAAAGGGGGCAUGCUCUUCCAAGCAACUAUGUCCUUGAGCCCAAAGCCUGCGUCCCCUACAGGAACGUCAACCUUGGCGUACCUUCCCAGAGGAGAAACCCAGAGACGUACAUGCUGGAAGCUUGGAGAAGUGAAUCCCCAGAAAGGUACUCGUACCACUCCAAUUUUAGACGAGGAACUGAAUCUGAGAGGAAUUCACCAUCACGUCACUGCUCCGUGAGUCCAGACCGCUACAAGUUACCUGAAUCUCCUGUGGGAACCCAGCGAGGGAGCUCCGUCCCCAGGAGUCAGGCUCGGUCUCACACCUCAUCUCAUCACUCUUCUCAGCUUCCAUCACAUGGUGCUUCACGGCAUACAUCCGGCAGGUCCAGUCCGUCCCGCAGAAGGGGGUCCAAUGCAUCUCGGACGAUUUCACCAUCUCGGGCUACCCCUUCUCACAGGCGCCCAGACUCUUUACAUUUACAGAACGGUGAUUACGAUGCUCAAAAGGCAUGUAGUCGAGAGUCGAGGAGUCCAUCGCAAGCUUCAAACAAACACAGCUUGGACUCUGAGAAGCUCUACAGGAAUCUGGAGUCUAUCUCCCGCCGUGGAUCCGUCCAGCAGAAGUCUUAUGAGGGUUCUCGAGGAUCUUCUCGAUCCAGAACAGCUGUCAACAGCUCAGCCAACACUCGCUCUCGCAAUAGCCGUGAAGUAUCACCGCCCAGGAAUGGCUACGGUACACAAAGUCAUACCCCACAAAGGGAGCCAUGCUCCACAGAUAGCAGGCUGAGUCCUUCUCAAGGCUCCUGGCAGGGGUCCUCACACUCUAUACUCAGCCUCCCUCCCUCCCAUGGUUCCUCCUCAUCGAGGCGAGGUGCAGACUCUCAGGUGCUCGGUGGAUCGCCGUCACAUGUUGCAGUCACAGAAACUGAUAAGGGCAAUGAGGUGAAUAAUACGGUUGGCGGAGACAGAAGCAGGAGCAACGUGAGGCGAGGCAUGGAGGCCUUACUGAUCUCUGAACCUAAGAAGACUGCAGUGGAAGUAGAGGAGGUGGGGAUGACUAUGGACGACUACAUCGUCCUGGCUGAUAUUCCAACGAUCCACCUGGAGUCGGAGGAAGAGGUUCCAGGAAUGAGGAGGAGGAACCAGAGUCCCAGCCCAUGCAGGGAUCAGAAGUUAAGGACCUACAGGCAUCAAGAUGAACCAGACAUCCACAGCUCAAGGAUCGAGUCAGACGAGAGGGGGAGAGGCAGAGAGAGAGGCCGAGACAGGCGAGAGAAAUGUCGGGAAUCCGAGAACGGACGAUCAUCUCGAAGACAGUCGACCACGUCCGUUCACACGCAGAGUUCAGAUAGUCAAAGUGGAAAACACAGAUCUUCAAAGGCGAAGGAGUGCCCGCAGACGCAGGGAUGGAUGUCCAGACUGGAUGAACACGGCGAGUGGAGGAAACACUGGUUUGUUCUGGGUGAUACUUCGCUGAGGUUCUACAGAGACUCGGAGGCUGAGGAGUCGGACGAUCUGGACGGAGAGAUCAACCUGACGUCCUGUGUGAAUGUGUCAGACUGCGACGUAGAGAACAACUAUGGACUCCAAAUACAAACAAAGAGAGCUGUGUUCACCCUCUCUGCUAUGACCUCGAGAAUACGGCGGAACUGGGUGAAGUUACUAAAGCAGGCGAUCCAGAACAACACGCACCAAUCAGACACCGGCAGCGAGAAAGAGAACCCUCUCUCCCGGAGACCGUCGUCAUGCCAACCCCCUGCUCGGUUCACCUGCAGGGACUCUGGCUAUGAACCGGCCACUUCCACCUCCGCCAGCACAGCUGCAAAGUCCCACCGGACCGCCGACCACCAUCAUGACCAAGUGAGUGUAGACGGGGAUCUGGACGCAGACUUAUCUCCAGCCAGUCAGAGGGAGGAAGGGGAGGGCUGGGACCGCGAGCAAGCGAAGCGAUUGGAGGAGAGGAACAAGUGGUUUGAGGAGGGGGUUCCCUUCAGUGAGAUGGGCAGCAGGUGGGACUCCAUGGAGCUGAAAAGGGGGAAUGUGCCUGUCCCUGUUAUUGAGACCCUGGACUCAGAGGUCAGCAAGAAGUGGGCAGAGUUGGAGACGCUGUCAUUUAGUAGCAUGACAGCACAGUCUCUCAUUGGAGCGCAGGCUUAUCAGUCAAGCACCCCACAGACUCUGGUUAGCUCCCAGACGUAUCAAUCGAGCCCCGAAGAGGCCGAACAGUCAGAAACCGAUAUGUCAAGCUCAAAGGGAGCUCUUCCAUCCAUGAAUGGAGCCCAAAACGUUCAAACAAACACAGCUGAAGCACUCCAGAAGGAGGCCCUCUCUCUUCGAAAGCAGGUGGAGAGCAUUAAGAGGGAGCGUGCAGCCAUGGGGAUAGAGGUGGACAGCCCGUGCGGCCCCGGGGCGCCCUGCAGGGCCAGACUAGAGGCAAUGGAGGUAGCCCAUCGGAAAGCACUGCAGGAGCUACAGGAGAAACAUGCAGGGGAGGUCAGAGAGCUGGAGGAGCGGAGAGACAGGGUGCUGCAGGAGGAGAGCCAGACGGCUGCCAAAGCUAUGGAGGCUCUGAGAGCAGCCCACAGAGAGGAGCUGCAGAGGGAGGUGGAGAAGGCCAGGAGGUUGGCCGGAGGAGGCGCACACAUGGAUACUUCAUCCAGAGGCCACAUGCCCCAGGCGGACGUCUUCCACAGCGAGUUAGAUGUGCUGUCAGAACGAUACUCCGAGAAAUGCCUGCAGCUGAGCCUCACCGAGCAGAGCAGCAAGGGCCGCGAGACCGAGCUCGGCUGCAAGGAGAGAGAGCUGGAGCAGCUCAGAAGAGAGAACCAGGAGCUCAAGGCCAAACUGGCAGAAGAGAUCAGCCGCAUGCGUUACUUCAUCACGGGUCAGAGGUCGGACGUGGUAUCUCCUGGCAACGCUGAGCGCUCUGCGUCAGAAGUCGAGACUCUACUGAGGGCGAAAGACAACGAGGUGCAGUAUCUUAAAAAAGAGAUCAGCUGUCUACAGAAUGAAGUGCAGGCUCUCACCAAGGAGAAAGACGCCGCCAUUGAGCGCUAUAAGGAGGCCUAUGUGGAGCUGAGUGACACGAGGGGUCGCAGCCAGCUGGAGAUGGGCUCCCUCAACGAACACUUGAGACUGGCCAACGCCGCACUUCAGGAGGGAGCGAGGCAGACCUGACAGACGAGGACGACCUCUAAUGAAACUUAACUUAUAUUAAUAUUUGCUGUAAUCGCUGGAGAAGAGUCAGAAUUAUGGCAGCUACCGUGUACUUGAAAACCACCAAAGACUGUUAAGAUUAAACAACAACAAGAGUUUCUUCAUGUGCAA